GUGGUUCAAUGAGAUCUCGGGCGCGGAUAAGAUUAGGCGAGAUAUCGUCGUAUUCGUAAUUUAUCGAAAGAGAACCAAACCUCUCCUCGGGUGCGCGCCUUCAUCCUCCUCCUUCCCAAACCUGAUACUCGCUCGCCUUGCAUUGUUCUCAUUGUUCUCACGUAACUGCAUUAAACGCAAUUGACCACCAUCUGCCUCUUUUUCACCACAUCAAACCCUGCAGAAUGUCGGAAGAAGACGUGCUCUUCACGUCCAUCAAAGUCGGCAAGAUAACGCUCGGCCACCGCCUCGCGUUCCCGCCAGUGACCCGCUACCGCUGCGACGACGACGGCACGCCAAACGCCGACCUCGCGCCGCAGUACUACUCCGAGCGCUGUCUUGUUCCCGGAACGCUGCUGAUCGCGGAAGCAACGGACGUCAGCUUCCUCGGCGGCGGGUACCCCAACAGCCCCGGCAUCUACACCGAUAAGCAGAUUGCGGGGUGGAAGAAAGUGACGGACGCGGUGCACGCGAAGAAAGGGUUUAUCUUUUGCCAGGUCUGGAAUCUGGGAAGAGUCAACCCCGGCACGAGGCAGCCUGACGUGUUUUCGGCCAGCGACGUGCAGAUGCCGGACCGCCCCAAGCCCCGACCGCUCACGAUCGACGAGAUCCACCAGAUGGUUGAGGACUACGGCACCGCGGCCAAAAACGCGAUGAAAGCCGGGUUCGACGGGAUCGAGAUCCACGGCGCGCACGGGUACCUCGUCGACCAGUUCAUGGAGGACAUCACCAACCUCCGGACGGACGACUACGGCGGGUCGAUCGAGAAGCGCGCGCGGUUCGGGCUCGAGGUGGUUGCCAAGUGCGUCGAGGCGAUCGGGGCCGAGAACGUGGCGAUCAGACUGUCGCCGUUCUCGAAAGUCCAGGCGAUGAGAAUGAAGGGGCUGUACUCGCAAUUCUCGUACUUCAUCGAGCAGCUCCAGGACCGCUUCCCCGGCCUCGCGUACGUGCACAUGGUCGAGCCGCGGACGGCGGGGAACAACGAUCAGAUUGCGGAAGAAGGCGAUUCGACGGAGCCGUUCUGGAAUCUGUGGAAGGGAGUCUGGAUCUCGGCCGGAGGAUACAAUCCGACGACGGCGCGCGAGUACGCGGCCAGCCAUCCAAACUCGAUCGUCGCCGUCGGACGACACUUUUUGUCAAACCCGGAUCUGGUGGCGAAGUUUAAGGAGAACAUGGCGUUGGACGCGUAUGAUAGAAGCACCUUUUAUAUAAAUAAGGCGAAGGAGGGGUAUCUUGGAUAUACAUAUGCGCCCGAGUUGAAAGGCAAGUAUUAUUAGAGUAUGAUAGAGGCCUGCAUGCAUUAUGUAUAACACGAUUAUGUACGUUUGCGCGUAUGACAGAAACACGUUUUAUAUAAACAAGGCGAAGGAGGGUAUCUUGGAUAUACAUAUGCGCCCGAGCUGAAAGGCAAGUAUUAUAGAGCACGAUAGAGGCCUGCAUGCAUUAUGAAUAGAACACGAUUAUGUACUUUUGCGCGUAUGACAGGAACACGUUUUAUAUAAACAAGGCGAAGGAGGGUAUCUUGGAUAUACACAUGCGCCCGAGCUGAAGGGAAAGUAUUAUUAGAGCACGAUAGAGGCCUGCAUGCAUUUAUGAAUAGAACAUGAUUAUGUACUUCUAUAUGUCUAUCUGUAUGUA